AUGAUGGCGUGGAACCGGCCGCCGUAUAAAGGCUCCGAUGUCGAGGCCGGCGGUGGAGCGCGGCCUCUCUAUCCGUCGAUGUUGGAAAGCCCGGAACUCCGGUGGGCGUUCAUCAGAAAGAUCUACAGCAUUCUAUCCAUUCAGAUGCUUCUUACUAUUGCAGUUUCAUCCGUUGUCAUCUUUGUCCGACCCAUCUCCCACUUUUUCGUGUCUUCCGGUGCCGGCCUCGGCCUCUAUAUUUUCCUCGUCAUCUUGCCAUUCCUUGUGUUGAUCCCUCUAUAUUUCUACCACCAGCGCCAUCCAUUAAAUCUGUUUCUCCUCGCCCUUUUCACUGUAUCCAUCAGCUUCGCGGUGGGAUUGUCAUGCGCAUUCACCAAAGGGAAGGUUAUUCUUGAGGCAGCCAUUCUCACCGCAGUGGUUGUCGUCAGCCUUACUCUUUACACCUUCUGGGCAGCAAAGAGAGGCCAUGAUUUCAGCUUUCUCGGCCCGAUAUUAUUUUCCUCACUCAUUGUCUUGAUUGUUUUUGCCUUCAUCCAGAUCUUUUUCCCAAUGGGUAGAAUCUCACAUAUGAUCUAUGGCGGCUUGGCUGCUCUAAUCUUCAGCGGCUAUAUCAUCUAUGACACAGAUAAUUUGAUUAAACGCUACUCCUAUGAUGAGUACAUAUGGGCUGCAGUCGCUCUAUACCUCGACAUUAUCAACUUGUUUUUAGCUCUUCUUACUCUUUUCCGAGCUGCUGAUGACUGAGU